AUGGAUGGGACAAAGGUCGGGAGCAAUGUAGGGUGGUUGGUGGGGAGGCUGCGGAGACUGCGGAGAUGGCGGACUUUCGACCUCAGAGGGGGGCAGGGUGGUGCACAGCCAUCACGGCAAGGCCCCCGCUUCAACUCCAUCACCGAGGAUGUGGAUCGCACCGCUUGGGCAAAUCGGCUCUGUGUUCAUUUUGCCACAUGUGUUUGGGCUUCAAAAAAGCAGUCAAGGAGACCCAGGAUACAGGCCAUGGGUACACGGCAGACGCUGCUGCCGUGCCUGUAUCUCAGCAGCCGCACAUCCAGGCUCACGUCCCGCAACUCACGCGCCCGGUACAGACACGUUGUGAUGGUGCCAGCAGUAGCAGCUGACUCUCCGUGCCCGGACAAAUAUGGUGCAGGGCCAGGCCAGCCCGCGACUGCGGCUCGCGGCCAUGGGCAACAGCAGCCGCGGAAAUGCAGUUUCUGCAACAAGCCCAUUACCUUAAUUGGCCCCAUGCGCCCCGGGGACAACCUGACGUGCCAGCAAUGCCGCCAGGUUGCCCAGACCGGCCAGGCGGCCUCUAUGCAUAUGCAGGCGCCCACGCUCAAACAUCAGCCACUGCGGGGGUUAUCUACUGCUGGUCCGUCUUUCAACCGGUUGGCCAACCCGCGGCCUAUGCAACAAAGCUCUUUCUACGGGUCCGGCGAUGGCGGCAACACCGGUGGUCGCGGUCUUGAUUUGAGAGCGCCAAUUGUUAACAUUGAAAGAUUGACCUGGUGGACAGCAGCGAUGACGACGGUGGUGCUAACGCGGAUGCUGCCCAGCGCGUCAAGACCGGUAGCGAGGCAGGCCCCGAAGAACAAGUUCGACAAGCUAUCAGCCCAGGUAGCCGGGCUCAAGUGCUGCUUUCCGAAAGAAGGCGGCAAGCACAGCGUGCAGGUGUUCGCGGAGGACUUGGCACGGCUGGACAGUGGCGAGUUCUUGAACGACACCUGCAUUGACUUUUACUUGAAGUACAUUGAAGCUCACCUGCAAACCGAAAUUCGGCGGCGGUACCACUUCUUUAACUCGUUCUUCCUCAAGAAGUUACAGGAGAAGCCGGCCAAGGGCGUGAAGCUGUCCAAGGCUGAGCGCUUGAAGCUGGACCACGAGCGUGUUAAAAAGUGGACCAAGCACGUGGACCUGUUCUCCAAGGACUUCAUCUUCGUGCCCAUCCACGGCACCCUGCACUGGUCGUUGGUGCUGAUCUGCCACCCGGGCAACGUGGUGCAGCAGGCGGAUCACCUGCGGCCACCUGAGGGGGGUCCGGAGGGCUCCCGGGAUGAAGGGGGGGGCGCCGGCACGCCGCUGCUGCUGCACCUGGACUCGCUGGACGGCAACCACGCUCCGAAGGCUAUCUUCGAGGCGCUGCGCAGCUAUUUGGAGCACGAGUGGCGGAGGAAUAUGGAGGACGAGACGCAGGAUUCGGUUCCGCGGCGGUGGAAGGCACGGUUCCUGGCUGCUGGCCGGGAUGUGCCGGAAGUGCGUUUCACGCUGCAGACGCUGCCGGGCCUCAGCAUGGCGGCCCGGCUGCCGAAGCAGGACAACCAUACGGAUUGCGGCCUGUUCCUGCUGUCUUACGUCGACUUCUUCGUGGCCGCCAACCCCCGAUGCAUCGUCAGCGAGGGAAGCAACGCUCAGAACGUGCACGCCCUGGACCCCCGGUCGGAUGCGGCCAACGCAGCCACGCUGCUGCAGAAGAACUGGUUCCACAAAUGCAACGCCGCGCGGCUGCGCGACCACUUGCGGGCGCUCGUCUGCAAGCUCAUGCUGGAGUGCGUACCGGCGGAAGAUCAGCGCUUCAAGACGCUCGAGUGCGUUGUGAACUCAUACGCUGAGAAGCCCCACGAGAUGGGCCAGCGGUACCUGCAGCCCGAGGAGUAUCUAAAGUACGUGACGAUGCGGCCCAAUGAGCCAUGGCCUAUCCUGGACGAUGGCGUCCUCUCCAACGAGUCGGACCAUGAGGGCCAUAUGGAGGACCCCGUUGUCGUUCUCCAGAACCCGACGCGUCACAUGACGCGGCUGGCUGCGAAGCAGGCUGGCGUUGCGCCCGCCGCCGCACUUCCAACCUCAGGCAAUCGCCGACGCAAGGGCUCCGCCGCCAGCGAAGCUGCACCCGCACCCCCGUCACAGCCUCCCGGCCCCGCGACCAACCCGGAGUCCGUGGUCGACCUGUCCACCCCCGACAAGGUCGGGGAUGUCCCCCGGGCGACAGCGGCGGUGAUGGCAGGCCCGACAGAGCAGGCGCCGGCUGGCGGCAGCACGGCUGCUGCGGCGGGCCCCCAGGCCGGCGAGGCGCCUCCGAUUGCACGGGCGAAGGCGGAGUCCAUGGAGAUUGAGGACGAGGAGCAUGAGGACGACGAGGGUGUGGAGCUGGUGGCCGUCAGCCAUGGGCCCGCUAGCGGCGGCGAGGCUCGGUCUGACGACCAACCCGCGGCCAAGCGGCCCAGGCUCCUGGCGGAGGCGGUGCCUGAGACACUGGCACAAGUACCAGCAACAACGGGCCGUGGCGCUGCAGCAAAGGUGGAGGUGGAGGUAGAGGACCUGGGGGCGAGCUCGAGUGAUGAGGACAAGGACUCGCCGCCUCGGCGACCGCGUAGCCGCUGGAGCACGGGACGAGGAUGCAAGCAGGGGGACCUGCACGGGGCGCCUCCUUCUGGGUCCGUAGAUGAUGUUGGCGCAGAUGGCCAGAAGGUAGCAGGUCAGGAUGUGCCGCCCUCACAGGAGGACCCGGAGGCGCUCCCCAAGCACGGUGCGGCGGCGGCGGCCAUCGCAGCGCAGCCGGUGGCGGCAGCACCACCCGGGGGGGUCCGAGGAGAGCUGCCGUGCCCUGACUCUGGUGCUCCGGAUGAAGGAGGAGGGGCCAGCGGCGGAUCCAGGACAAAGAAGUUCUGCCGCAAGGUUAAGAGGGGUCCUGAGGCGCCUGGCGGAACCGCUCCUCCACCCGGCGGAUACCGACGCGGGCUACAAACCGAGGAUACUGGGGUGGCAAGCCACGCCCAGGUCGAGCAGCCGCCCAUCAACGGUUUGGUCCUUGGGGACAGUGAGGACAUUGGCGAGGACGACAUCAACCAAGAUCCGGCAUGGUUGCUAGAGCAUCAAGCCAGGUUUAACCUCAGCGCUGGUGGUGGUGGUGGCGGUGGUGGUGGUAGUGGUGGUCAUGAGAGCAGCUCAGGCAGCGAAGAUGAGCGAGGCGCUCUGCAGUCGGUUGCGGAUCGAGGACGUGAACCAGGAGGGCGCGUGAAGCCCCACCCCCCGGAUCCGCAGCAGAAGCCACAGCGAGCUGGAUGCGGGCCAGUCGCCGACGCUGCUGGGGCUGCUGGGCCGCCGGCACGAGGCCAAGGCGCGACGCUGGGGGGGCCCUGCCGCAAGCACACACGUUUUCCGGAUGAUGGUGCGGAGCCGAUCACCAAAAUGGUUCCCAUCCGCCCUGAAGAGGCACCGCCGCCAUCACCGCCGCCGUCGCCACCGCCGCCCCGGCCCCACACCGGCGCUGCACAGCAGCCUCAGCCGCAGCCUCAGCUUGAGGCGUACAGCAUAGAGGACUCGGACAGUGAUAACAACCCGGACCGUGCAAAGCGAAGGCGCUGCGGUGAGGAGGAUGCCGCAAUGUCUGCGUAUCCUCCUGCAAUGGAGUCGUCCGCACACUGGCAAGUUAGUGUGGUUGGUGUGGGCGACUCACAGGCAGCCAUUGAUGCUGCUGUCGAUGGCGCACUGCAGGGAACCCCGCAGGGCCGCUGCACGCUUCCAGUAACCCACCAGCAGCAGCAGGAACAGCCAAUGAGUAACGGCCAAUUGAGCGAGCAGGUGGUGGCUUCCAACCGAGAUGUACCCACACCCGGCAUUGCGACCCAGGCGCAUCAGCCGAUCGCGGAGCACAUAGCACCUGGCCCCGCCGUCGCUACUCCCUUCACCGCGUGCAGGAAGCCAGCUCUGAUGGUGUCACGCUUCGCGCAGAAGCACUUGUCGCGGCCGAGAGCCGCGCACGCUGCUGCUGCGGCUGCUGCGGUUACCAUUGCCGGUGCAGCAGCAAUUACCGGUGCAGGAGCUGCCGCCACUGCGACGCGAGCUGCGGCGUCUGCUGAUGUAAAAGGCGCUGCUGCAGCCACUGCUACUACUCAUACUCAUACUCACGCUCAUACAGCCCGUCAGCCUUUGGAAGUGGUGGCUGCGUCAGCAUCAGCCGCUCGACCGCUUGACGUCUCCGGUGCUCGCGAGCACGUGGACGCCAAGGCCAUCUCUCGCCGUGAUGUGGACGAUGAUGAUGAUGAGGAGGAGGAGGUGGAGGAGGUGGAGGACGGCCCAUACGCUGAUGAUUUGUCCGCUAACCUGGACUACCCACCGACUCGGGGAGCCCAUGCCUCAACCUCCAUGCGGUGGUCCGCGCAGGAGUCCCCUCCUCUGUCCUCGAAGAGGCUCACCGCCCACGGCACCCAGGUCCCUGACCUGAGCCGUCCAGCCAACGGCUCGCAGGCACAUGGAGCCCAGGGAUCCCACCAACAGCAGCCGCCGCCGCCGCCGCCGCCGCCGCAGCAGCAGCCGCACGACCACGUUUACCAGCGUCAGCACCAGCACCACACUGGUGACCCGCAUGUGCCUCAGACACACCAGGCGGGCCCAGUGGGCAGCCUGGCGCGGAUGAUUCACGCAUUGCCGGCGCUGAUGGGGGAGGAGGGCGUGGGCUCAGGGUCCCAGGGAUUUAGCCACGGCGGUGACGUAGGGACAACGUCGCACGGCGCCGCUUCCUCAGCCCUUCCUCAGCCCUCCGGCAGCGCCGUCUCGCAUCAGCGGGAGAGCUUCGUCGACACGCAGCUUUGUGGAUGGAACCCGCAGUCAUUGCCGCCUUUCUUGCCGCCGCAGCUGCAACAGCAGUGGCAGCAGCAGCGUGUGCUGCCAAUGGGCUUACUUAAGCCGGUCUAUCCAAACACCCGCACGGCUCGCACCGCCGUUGCAGAUCUGCCUGCAGCAGCUUCGCAUCGUCAUAAAGACCUGAACGGUGGUGUUCGUAACCAGGCGUCUGAGGCGCCGAGCUGGGCAGGGGACGAGUCGCAGGGCCGCACAACUGAUGGGCAUGCUGUCAGCGUCCACAGGCCAGCGUCAUUCGGUGGUGGCGCUGAGCAGCACCUGCAGGGCUGGGCAGAUACUCCUCGGCCGCCGCAGGCAGCGAAAGCGGGUGUGAACAGAAUUAGGCAGGAGGCAGACAAGGUGAAAAAGAGGUGGAGAACCUCGGAACUAGGUCGUGGAACCCAACCCCUGCCAGGCGGCGUGCCUUGGCACCUGCCCGGACCGGAGCUGGAGACAGUUGCGGUGACCAAAGGACCUCUGCCCACCGCGACACAGCCUGCACCGGCUGCCCUGUAUGCGGGCACAAGCUGCACUUGCCAGCCGCAGGAGGCCGGCCCAAGCAGGGGGGAUCCACACACUUGCGUUGCUGCAGGUCCCAGCCCCACCGGGGGCGACCGAAAGCGGCGGCGGCGGUCAGAGCUGGACAGCCUGGACAGCCAGCAGCAACUCCCCCCUGAGCGCGGGGAUGCGGGGGCAGGGCCUGGGCAGCCUCAUGCAGAAGGGUGCCCUCACAAUCAACCGAAAUGGCAGUCUCAGACUGAACUACAACAGCAGGGCGGCGGCGAAAGGGCUUCCGUAGCCUCCUACGCAACGGCAACCGCGGCCACCACAAGCCCCAAGGGCUCGCAGCCGCAGCCGCAGCCGCAGCCUGAGCAACUGGGGGAAGAAAGCCCUACCCUUAGCCCACAGCUUGUACUGGUGCUGGAUUGCGGUGAGGGGUCCCAGGAGCAGCAGCAGCUGCAGCAGGACCAGGCUUUCAGGCUGGUGGAGUACGGUGGCUCACUGACGGCGGACGACGCGGCAGGGGCGUCUCAAUCGCUGGGCGGCGAGGCAUUGUCACCUGGCGGGAUUCCGGGGACCCCCAGCGACAUCCUUACAGAGCGCGACGGCACCGGAACAGCUUCACCUGCCCAACAGACGCAAAUGCAGACGCAGACGCAGACGCAGGCUGCGGCUUCAACGCGAGGAGCUCUACAUGCAACGGGCCCAUUGGUGGCCGAGGACGCCUUCCGAUCACUGCGCUGGCGGGAAGUCGCGAAUGCAUGUACCAUGCUAGCAGUGAGCGAAGCGGCCGCGAUAGGCCGCGUGUUAUUUCCGCGCCCGGACUCCGCAGUGCAGACUCCGGGCGCUCCGACGGGUCCGACAGCCGGGCCCACUGCAGGUGCUGCGGCCGCUGCAGCUCAGGGACAGGGCCCGACCACCGCAUCGGCCGUCGGGCCGGGUGGGCCGAGCAGCAGCUGUAGGCCGGCAGCCGGCGCCAUGCAGUGCGUGUCGCGUUUGGACCUCACGGAAAAAGGAGCUUUUGAGAGAGGUGACCCACCGGCUGCAGCUGGCCGUCAGGGAGCGCAGGGGGCCGGGGCAGCUCAGGGGCUGAUUCGUGCGGAGGUAGGAGCAGCAGAAGCGGCUUGGCAGGCAGCUGCGAGAGAGGUGGCGGGCAGGCCAUUCGCUGAUGUAGCGGCCGCAGCGGCAGCUACCUGCGGCUCGAUAGGAAGGGGACGUGCAGUCGAAGCCAUGCCAUCCGACAGCCUGCUUUUUAGCCCGGGCAGCGGUGGGGAAGCUAGCGGACUCACCAUUUCCAUCGGAGAUGAUAUGGAAGAGAACCAAGCGGCCCGCGAGGAACCGUGUAAAGACGAGCAGGUCAGCGGCGGCGGCGAUGGAGGCGGACAGCCGCACCUGCGUGCGCAGGCUCAAGGGGAAGGAGGGUCUUCAGGGCAGGGCGUCGCCGAUGGAGGGAGGCCGGCCGGUCGUGGGACGGAGAACGAGAGCGCGGGGCUAGAGGGUAGUCCAGAGGAAGAGGACAGCGUGGAUAUCGUGGAGGAAUGGCGACCAGGCGAUGCGACGGAGGAAGACAGCAGCGAUGCCUUUGUGGACGGCAGAGGCACAGGGUCUGGGCGGGUGGGCAGUGUCUCGGCGAUGAAGCACAAGGGGCCCGGCCGAGGCAAGCAGGCUGCGGGACGGCAGCCUACGGAGGGGUCGCGAAGGCGCCGCAGCGAAAGCGCGACGGGUCGCAGCAAGAGCCGGAAAGCCGGGCAGGCUGGUGGCAGCAGCAAGCCGUCAUCGUCCACGAAGGGUGUGACACUCAGCCGUGGUGGCGCCGCUGCCGCCAGCCGCGGCGGCGGCAAGCCUCAAAACCAGCGCGGCAGCUUGGCCAUCGACGCGCUGACGGGGCCCAUGGACGCCUACUACGGCAGGGCGGAGCACGCUCGCAGAAACCCCAAGUCUACCGACGCCGGCCCUCCGGGGACGGGGCAAUCCAGGGACGAGCCCUGCGACCUGACCUCCGAAUAG